AUGAUGAGUCUCCCAGAGAUCAUCAGAUCAAAAUCUGUUGAAAAAGAAAUAAAAAAUCCAAAACUCAGCAACUUAAAACACCAAAUCACAAAUUUUAACGUUAAUACAUCUCUUGAGAUCUCCAGGCUAAACCAGACUAUGAACGAAGACGAUAAUUUGCCUUCACUUAAUCAUUCAUCACCUAAAAUUCUGCGAUUUUCCCCGAUUUCUCAAACUGCAAGAGAUAAAGGCAAAGAACCAAAAACCCCAAGAGCAAAUAAGCUGAAAUACAUAAUUAACUCAAUACCAGCUUCAAUUAAAGAAAAAUAUGAUUUACCAAUAAUUCCAACUGACCAUAGCUGGGAGCGAAUUGUAGGAACUGUUACUUAUAGAACUUAUACUCCAUUAGAAGGGCCAUCAUUUCAAUUUUCCACAACUCCUCGUUUUGACACUCCUCUGUUUCAUCAGAUUGAGUCAUUUAAAUACAGAUAUGUUAGUGAAGAAAGGAAAAAGGAAAUUAAAGUCCGCAUAAGGCAAAAUAAAGAUGUGUCGAGGUUUUCUCCUGAAAAAUAUAAGGAAAUACUCAAAGAAAAGUUUAAAAUGAAAGCACUGAAAGAAAUAAAUUGCAAAGAAAAUAAGACUGCAAUUGAUUUAAACAAUAAAAAGCUAAGAGAAGACCACUAUAAUGGAAGAUUGAGAAGAAUCGAAAUUAGAAAUAAUUGGCAAGAAUUCCACAUCAUGAAGAAAUCCUGGAUUUUACUUUUUACAGCCAUUUCAUUUGCAACAAUCUGAAAGAAAAGAGGCAUAUGAAAAAAGAAAUUAAAAGAAAGAAACAAAAGCAUUAUCAACUGGCUAUUCCAAGUAUGCUUAGUUUUAGGCAAAUUUAGAAUAAAAAUAAGAGAAGCGAGGUCAAAGCUGGCAUGGAGUAAAAUGAAGAAUUACCUCACUCCACACAUAUUAGCCUGGAAAUUUAGAAAAAACAAAAGAUUCAAAGAAAUCAUCACCGAUGUAUUAUCAAGAGGGUUAGACAGAGAUAAUUUACAAGAUGUUGUUAAUGAAUGAAAAAGAAGAAUCUCGCUGAUUCAAAAAGGUUUUAUCUCAAUGAUAAACAUCUACCGAGCUCGGACAGAAGCUUUAAUGAACUUAUGAAAUAAAACUGAAGAACAAUUAACAAAGAAAAAUAAAAAAAAUAUUUUUAUUUCACAAGAAGAGGAUGAAGAAUUUACUGGAAAGAGAUUAAUUCCCAGGCUAGUUAAACUGUAUUUCAUAAGAAAGUUUUUGAAUGCAAAAUUAUCUAUGCAUGGAAAAGCUUUGGCUCAAUAUUUUGAUGAAUGCAAAAAGCAUGAAGAGACAUUUAUGGAAAAAUUUGCAGAUAGUGUAUUAUAUGGGAAAAAAGUAAAGCUGGAAGAUGUGUAUGUUGCUAAGCCGUCAUUUGUUAUAUUUAGCGAGCAUGAAGAAUUUGUUGAUAUAAUAAAAACAGCUUAUAAAGAAAAAGACCAUUGGGAGCAAAUAAUCGUUAGUGAAACCAAAGUUGAUGGAUUGAGAUUGAGAUUGAGAUUUUUAGAUUAGAGAGGGUUAAAGCGGGGAUUAUUUCAGCCCCUGAUCCAGUCGAGCUUCAGCUUCACGUUCGUGUGGCGCUAGUCACUAAAGCCACCUGCCGCCCUUUUCUGAUGACGUCAUCAAAAAUGGUGACGUCAGCAUCUUUCGGGGAGACUCACCCGAACCUGCUUGGACCAAAAUGCUUCAGCAAAGGACUCUCUUAACCCCUGGUAGUGCUCAGGGUAUGAGGGGACCGUCCGAUGCCUCCUUCUGGAACUACCUCUGCCAUUUGCAGGCAACAUAAUGCUCCUCCAGAAGUCCUCGAUAGGUAUUGCGCCGUCGGUCUUCUCGUCUGUGGGUCGAGGGGAGGCCCAGUUAGCCCAGACCGCACCCACCCCGGAAUUAAGCCACCUGCGACCUCGUAGCCUUUCCGCCAGCUUUUUUAUUUUCUGGCAAAAAUUCUGAGUUCAUCUGCCGCUACUAGGUAUGCCAUGAUGGCAUUAAUUAAAGUUGAUGGAAGAUAUGCUGCUCCUCCAUAUCAUAUUGAUGACCUUAUUAAAAUUAAGCCUAAAAAUAAGAAAAAGCACAAAAAGAAGCACAAAACUAAAAUUGAGCAUCAUUAG